AUGCUCGCUUUUGCUCUUAUCUACCUAUCCUACUUCUUAUCCCUCUUCAUCGUCCCAUACUUCUUGACUCUCUUCUUCUCAAUCCAUUUUCGGUCCAUCGAAUUUGGCGAAUACUGUUUCCCUACCGCUACGUUGGAGGAAGAAAGAAACACCGUCGAUGACCGUCAAGAUCAACCCCAUCGAGAUCCUCCAUCAUACAUCGAAGAAGACGAUGGAGACGAAGUAGAAGGAUAUCAAGUUGACUUCCAAGUCUUGAUGAAUGAUUAUUGUGGCUCCGAAGCUAUGUCAGUCGACCUCGACAACAAUGAUCCCCAUCCAAAUCAGGCGGCGAACAAUCAACAUCCUCCACCUAUCAUACCUUCCCGAAUACCGGAUGCGCUCAAUCUCCCACAGCCUUCAGAUGGUCCAUCAAGCCGACCCGCUCAACAUGUAGCUACUCCAACUUCAUCUCUUCCACCUCAGGCAUUCUACCCAUACAUGGUAACACCUCAUGGGGCUCUCAUACCACCAAUCAUCUUAUACCACGCGUACCCUUUCUGUAACAUGCCGUUGGAUUAUUUCAAAAAGCUCUACGAACAGUGUAGACAACAACUCAUCAUGCUCGCUCUUUCGAACGACGAUCCACAUACGCACAGGGUAAAAUUGAUCUUUGGCGAGACUCAUCGUCCUUUCAGACUGGCGAGGAAAGAGAAGGAAUCAAGUAGGAAGGUGAAUAGGUAUUACCCAUAUAGGAGAAGAUCAAUGAAUGAACGUUCAAGAUUACGACAAGGUAUCAAAGGAUGGCCAUACUCGCUCGAGAGGUUGUGGGGUUUCCGAUCCAAGUCCAAACGUCGCACAAGAAAUACUCAAGUUCCAAAGCUAUCUGAUAUCCUUUUGGAACCACUGUUCCCUGAGAAUCUCCUACGGAAAAAAAGACUUGAAAGUCCACCACCACCUUUCCCAUCUAUUCUCAAUAACGCUUAUGCGCCUAUACCAUCUUCUACUCCGGAUUCUACCUUCCUCCAUCCUCCCAAAAACGAGAUUACACAACUCUCAGCCAAAGCUCUUGGCAAACGACCUUGUCGAGAUUGGGAUCAUGGAAAUGAAGAAAACUCGGAUAUUAGUGCGAAGCAAACAAGGAGGAAAACAGUUGAAGCUGAGCUUCGGGGGAAUUCACCUUCAUUUCAUAAAUCCAAAUCCGAUGAAUUCGUCAUCACCAAGCCACCUACUGUGCUGCCUGAUAAGCGUAGAUACUCUCAACGUCGAUCACCUAGUCCUUCUCUGGGUCGUCAAGCCGGAUCCAGGAAGAAGAGAAGGUUAACGGAGAAUCAUUUUUUGGAGAUUUCAGAGCUUCCUAAUGAAAAGAAAGAGAAGGGAAAUAAAGAGGAAGAAGAGAAAAAGAAUGCUCCUUGUACACCGCCUAGGCACAGAGACAGUACACCUGAGCUGAGUAAUACACCAGGGGGAGAGGAGGAAACGGAAGUACUGGUUACUCCGCCACAACCUUCUUCGAACGUUGUAGGAGAGGAAGUACAGGUGGUCUCUCCGAUCUUACAAGGAGAAGUAUCGCCUUCCACCUCGCCGACUCAAUCGGAAGUCGAGUCAAACAUUGUACAAGUGCUUCGACGAAGGAAGAAUCGUCCAGCACCUCUCGUACUUGGUGGCUAUUUUAAUCCAGCUGAGGAUACUCCAGCUCCUGCACCUACUCGUGCAGGACCUAGGGCAGCAACCCUGCUACAGCAACCGCAAAUGGUCAAAAGGGAUACUUGGCCUCACUUCAUGGCGCCUUCGCUGGACGGUUACACCCAUUCACCUACUACUGCGAUGUUCUUGGAUGGACCUGCUAACAUGGCAGGAGGAGAGGUAGAGUCUGAAUCAGGGGACGAGCCUGGUCAAGGCAAGAGGAAAUGGAAACCCAACAAGUUGAGAAGAUUGAUGACUCACUUGCCGUAUCUUCAACCGACUUCACCCAGUCCAGCGACGAACUUUCUUCAUAGUCGAAGACACGUCUUGGUCCAGCAUAUCCAGAAAUUACUGGCUGAGAAACCUGUCGUACCUGAAGCCGUUUCGGUUGUUCCACCUCCUUUCAAGCAACCUGACCCUCAAGAUCCACCUUUACCUAUCUCGCCUCUGGCAUCCAAUUCCCCUAAAGCCAAACGAGCACUUAACCCCUACGACCUCAAACCUUGGCCUAGGAAAUUACCAAAGCAGGAUCCCGCUUCGGUGAACUACACGUUUGAAUUUCUCCGGACCAUUCCUGAGCCCACUAGGGUCGAAUGGGCGAAGGAAACGGACUAUGCCAGAGUUUUGAGGGAAAAGUUUCACCACAGGGCUUUGAUGCAGAAAGAGGAACGAGAAGCUAAAGAGGCGUAUGGUGAAAUGGGCGAUUUCAUGAGGGCUCUCCAAAAUACCAGUGAUGGCGAUGCACUUGGCAUUGACCAAUCAAGUGGUGGUCGUAAGCAAUUACGAAGGACUCAAUCUUCAAGAUCGAUCUCUGGUGAAAAUGCUCAAGCUGGACCUUCGAAACGAUCAAGAACAAGAUCGGGAACGGAACCUUCCACCCCUGCUAUCGCUUUAGGUUCGCCAUUCCAAGGUGACGUUGGAAGUAUCAUCGCUUCUGAGUAUGCCUUCGCUAGCCCAUCGAUCGUACCUGCGAGUGUGAUCGAGACUGUUAGCUCUCCACUACGCCACGAAGAUCCUCCACCAGCUGGAAUACCUCUUCCUUUUUCCAACAGACCAACAUAUCAAUUGAAUACAGCCUCUGCUCCAAUUCCGCCACCUACUCCACCUAAUGAUCUAAUCCCUGCUGCAAACACAGCAUCUUCGGUUGUAUUCCCUUCAGAACCUGUCCAAGAGUCGAGAGGUCCUGAGUUGAGCACCCAUACAAGCUCCUCUACACCAUCUCCUCGAGACAAUGUCAAUAUCGAAUCUCAAGAAACGAUAUUCAUUACUCCUAGUAGCGAGUCUACGGUAGAAGCUAAAGAUGUGCCUCUCGAAAUUGCAGAGAAGGAAAGCAUCGUUCCUGAAGAAACAAUACCUACUAGAGAGAAUAUUCCUGAAGAAGUCGCCGAUGAUGAAACCGUGGAGAGGGAUACCCAUGAUGCUAGUCUCGCAACACUUUCGUCUCAAGAGGAACAAGGUACCCAAACUCGAAGCGAGGGUAUCGGUCUUACAUGUUCUGCUCCUUCCAUAGUUGAGCUACAGAAUGAUACUCAAACUAGUAUCGCUCCUUCUGAAGUCGAGCCAAAGGACAAUGAUGAAAGCAGUAUAUCCUCAAUAUCAAAAUCAGCUUCAUCACCAUCAUCUGCCGAUACCUCAAUCAUCGGAUCUCAGGGAUUGGAAACAUCCUCACCCGAUCCUAAAAUCGCUGAAGAAUCGGUUCUGCGUGCUGGGGUGACUGAGGAGAGCCGUCAAAUGAAAUUCACAUCCUCAUUCCUCACAACUUCUCAAUCCACCUCGACUCCCGAUCAGACCCCGCCCACCCCAUCGGUUGCACCUGCGCCGCCAUCACCAAAGCCUCAAGCUGCCGUCAUCGAAUCCUCCGAAAUUGGCUCCGAUGCUCCCAAGUCGACUUUCGAUUUCCUGACUCGACCAAUUGCUCCUACUCCACUCGAGCCAACCAGUGCUAUCAGUAGAGCUAUAAACCGAGCUACUUCGUCUUCGAGAUGGGCUCGAGGUAAAACUAGAAGUCAUGGGGGAGCGAUCAGAGGUGGAUUAGGUGGAUUAUGGGCAGCACAUGCCGCUCGAACUGCCAAUAAGGCCAAUCCUCCAAAAGUCACCAAGAAGACUGAUGAUGGUGGAGAAAUGGAAAGACAGUUGGGGACGGCUUUGAAAGAGGGAGAAACCGAGAUGCAGGAUCAAGAUAUGAGUGAAGUGGAGGAGGAGAAUCAAGAUCAGAAUAUGGAAAUUGUCUCUUCCGACAUUCAAGGUUCAUCUCGACCUACAUGGGCUUCCUUCCCGACUUUAUCGUCUUCGUUCUCGACUGUACAUGGUCAACGGCUCUUCCGUUCUCAACAUCAAUCUGUGGGGAUAAUUCGACCUCGACCUCGAUCACCUCAACUGCUUACGAUUUUCGAGAGACGACGAAACGCUUCUGCUCCUUCUGAGGUCGAAGAUGAGAUGGAAGUUGAUGAGAUCUGUGAAGCUCCGCCUACUUGUGCGAGCAGUACACCUCCUGCUUAUACUCAUCUACGUGUCCCUUCGCCCACCAGGUUCAACCGGUUCCACCCCAUUGCACCACAGUCCUCUCAACAUCAGGCUUCUCACCAACCGCCUUCCUCCAUCUCGUCUACAACCAAUGAGGAAGUAGAAAUGACCAAUGAAGAUCUUUCGAGUAAUACCGCUGCUCACAAUCAACGGGGUUCAUCUUUCGCUCAACAGAUGUACAUGCCCAAUAUCGUUUCUUCCUACCUCGCUCAACUGGCUCACCGACCACGUCCCGAACCAGCAAGAUUUGUGGAGGAUACGGAGAUGCAGGAGGCAAUACUCAUAGACACUCCCACUCAACCUUCCUUCCCUUCUCAUCCAGUCAAGUCCAAUUUUUCUCACAACGUCGCGGCUCCUCAACCUCAUUUCACACCACCAGCCCAAGCUACGAGAGUAGAAACGCUACCACCUCAUCUACGAUUCCGACAACCUGCUUCUUACGAUGCCGACCAGGCAGACGAAGACGAAUAUGAGGAAGUUGAGAUUCCCGACCCUCCAAGCUCUGCGUUCAUUACCAAUAGGAUGGUGCGAGAGACGGAAUCGGUCAGACAAGGUAUAUCAUCGCUCAGCAUAUCGGAUCCUGAGACAGUGUCCGUCGAUAUAGUACCCGAACCUUCACGAGCGACGAAUGUCGAUUCUGAGAUCAAAAUUACACCACCACCGUCAAAAGAAUUGACAUCGUCGCGCCUCCUACCCUUACAGGUACAUCUCGAACAACCGGUGAUAGCUGAUGCUGCUGUCGAUUGGACCGAUCCUCUCGCCACCCCUCGAUCAUUUAUGGCUGAAAUGACUCGAGCUGAAGAUUCUAUGACAACAUCGGGAACUCCAGCCGAGUCAACCUCUACUCCUCAGCCUAUCCUGUCAACGACACUUGGUAAUGUCAUUCCAACACCAAUCUCUGCCACCGUAACCUCCCCGAGCGAAGAUUCAAACAUGCCAUUCUCUCGGCCUUCGAUACAACCCAAUCAGGAUCCUCUAGAAGCCGAUUUGACAUUCCAAAAUGCACUUGAACCCCGGAUCAUCAAUCCACUGAAAGCUUCUGGUCAUGCUGCAAGCGCCAACAUGGGCUUACGAAUGCUUGCUAGUAUCGCUGAGGAGAAGGAGGAGCUUGACAAUGACUUGAUUGACAUGAAAGCGGUAGAAGAGGUAAUCAAUGGUGAUGAGAAGAAAGAGGGGAGUGAAAGAAGGUCAAGUCGGGAAGAAAAGGGUAAGAACAAGGCGGUUAAGGUCGAAGGUGUUCAAGAAGCUGCCGACAAUGUCGAAGAGUCGACCGAGACUUUGUCGUACGGCGACAAAGAGCUCCUGGACAUGCUGACUUCUGGACCUUUACCAAGUUGGCUCGCUCCUGAAUCGGAACCGACAGUACAUCAGGAGCCGCUCAUCACCUUCUUCGAUCAACAGUGCUAUGAUCCAACUCAAGCUCAAGAUUCCAUACCUUCUUGCCUCGAUUCCUCAUCCUCGACUGCUCCUUCUCUUUUCGACUACAAUGGUCACCCGGUAUGGCAAGCGCCAGGUCAAGAGCAAUUUGCAGUUCCGCCCCCUCUUCCCGCUGUUGCUCCUCCAGACAGUCCUCCUUCUACACCACCCCCAUCAGCAGUGGAAGUAGCGACCGAAGAAGAAAGCGAUCUCAUACAGAAUGCGAGGUCAGGUAGACAACGGGGUAUGGCCUGUAUCAAUAAUACCGCUGCACUUAGGAAACUCUCAUCACAAUCUUCCGCUAACAGUAUUCCACCGAUUGGUCAAAGUCUUCUCUCGAUGUCGCCGGUACUUACGCCUACUCAGAUGGGAAAGAUAGAUGAGGAGAUUGAUUUGGGGAAUUUCAAGGCUAAGGAUAACGAUAAAGCAAACAUGCCUCCUCCUGGUUUUGUUAGGUUCCCCAAACAACGAUCCAGCCAAGGGUCUUCUGGCACAUCAUCAGGUAACUUCGCUGCUCCGCCCGCCAGAUCUUCAUCUUCCCAUUCAGCUUUCAGACCUGUCAUUGGACCUUCGAAGUCGACUCUCCUUGCCUUCCCUUCAAGUUCCACUAGAUCUUCGGAGGUUGCAAGGGAUUCGGAUAGCUGGGAAUCAAGAACGUGUUUCCAAGCUGCUAAAAGGGGGAGUGAAAAGGCACAAGAAGAGGAAUUUCGAGGACGUGCGGAUAUACCUAUUAUCUUACCUGUUCUUACUCCAGAUUUGAUUCUUGAAGAUACACAAGGACCUUUGACUCGGAUGUUGGCGAGGCUACCCGCAAGAGUACGUCGGGCGUUGGACGCAGCCGCAACCGAUGCUCAACCAGCUUCGACGAAUAUAAAUGGGGUUGGACAACUGGGUCACCCUUCAUCUUCAUCUUCGUCUUACGGAUCUAACGGAACAUGGACAGGGACCGAACCGUCAACAGGCCCGGUGGAUUACUCAGCUUUAAACUCGCUCGCCAACUUGGCCACAGCCAACGGACCUCUCCAAUUUCAAGUGGUUUCGGAGACUCCUCUGUUUGACCCGUCGAUAUUCCCUUGCGAGGAUCAUGAGCUUCCAGAGAUCCUCCUCAGGAAUGACAUUGCCGUUCCCGAUACGUAG